CAAACGAGGCCAGGACCCGCUUUGGGUUUUCAGGCCCAAAAGGAAGAACUUCCGAGAUCCAUGGACCAUACGGCUAGCGCUACUUUUUAGUUUUACCCUGCGUAGAAAUAAAGCCAACAAAUUUGCCACCAAAAAUUCAAUAUUUGGUGCGGCCAACGAUUCAACGAUGAACGGAGCCAAAAGUGCCGCCCAGCUGCUAACGGCGACCAACGUCCGAGCUCUCUUCGAUUCCGUCGACGCUUUUCUCUUUGAUUGCGAUGGUGUCAUUUGGAAAGGCGAUAAGCUCAUCGAUGGUGUCCUUCAAACUCUCGAAAUGCUCCGAUCCAAGGGGAAGAAGCUGGUUUUUGUCACCAACAAUUCCACACAAUCCAGAAGACAAUUUGCUGACAAGUUCCAAUCUUUCGGAGUGCCAGUUAGUCAGGAUGAGAUUUUUUCAUCGUCUUUUGCAGCUGCUAUGUACUUGAAGGUCAAUAAUUUUCCUCCAGAGAAGAAGGUUUAUGCCAUAGGUGGGGAAGGCAUAAUAGAAGAACUGCAGCUUGCUGGAUAUACUGGUCUUGGUGGCCCUGCAGAUGGAGACAAAAGGGCUGAGUGGAAAUCAAAUUGCCUCUUUGAACAUGAUAAAAGUGUCGGAGCAGUUGUCGUUGGAUUAGACCCAAAUAUUAACUAUUACAAGCUUCAGUAUGGUACUCUUUGUAUUCGUGAGAACCCAGGGUGCCUUUUCAUAGCAACCAAUCGUGAUGCAGUGGGACAUAUGACUGAUUUACAAGAGUGGCCUGGUGCGGGAUGCAUGGUUGCUGCCAUUUGUGGGUCAACUGAAAGAGAGCCUAUUGUAGUGGGAAAACCAUCAACCUUCUUGAUGGAAUUUUUACUAAAAAAAUUUCAAUUAAGUACUUCUAGGAUGUGCAUGGUGGGUGAUAGGCUAGACACAGAUAUUUUAUUUGGACAAAAUGCUGGAUGUAAAACUCUGCUUGUUCUUUCAGGAGUAACAACACAAUCAAUCCUCGAAGAUCCCUCAAACAGCAUUCAACCAGAUUUUUAUGCCAGCAAGGUGUCUGAUGUUCUUGAAUUACUGGGAGAAUAAUCUCCUUACUGCUUAUUUACUGAAUCUUUCUGAUCUGUUUGACAGUCCUAAUAAUAAAUAUUUAUCUGGACAAAUCUGCUAGAGCAGGCUAUUUGUGAACUUGACUCUCAUAUUUUCUUGCACCAUGGAGGUGCCCCACAGCCCCCAUCUAAAUAAAAUUGUUGUUCAUUUUGUUUGUUAAUCAUCCAAAUUAGCUGGUGUGCCUGUUCAGGCACAGGAAAAAUUGAUGCAUUCAUGAAAAUCUAGAAUUACAUGCACAAAUGUACAAGUGACUGCAAAGAUUUGUCUGAAUCGAUUUCUGUGUUGUACAACAGCUAAGAUUUGUCUCAGCUUUUUCCUUCUUAUCAGUAUAAUUAAUAGCAGGCCUUUUA